AAUAUGCAGUGUUUGGAGUUUGCAGUGUUUGGAGUAGGCCUAUUAAUUUAGGAGUUGUAAUGUGCUAAAAUGCUCGAUAUUUCACCUCUUUCGAGUAAAACAGACAUCUAAACAAUCACAUUAUUCGUUUGCAAAAUGGACUCAUCUAUUUAUACCUCAAUCAAGAAGGAAACAAUCGAGGACGAUGCAUUAUACAAGGGGUUGGAUCCGGCCUCUCGGACAGACGUAGGCCCGGUCAUGGGAGGAGUUGGUGGUGAUGGUGGCCUUAGUGGUAGUAGCGUGCUACGUAAUAUCUUUUCGUGUCCAGAUAAUAUGCUAACAAAGCCAGCUGCUAAUUUGUUGACGAGUUUUGCUAAUGAAUAUCAGCAAAGCCAGAGAACGUUGCCGGAUAAAGGGAAUACUUUGUUGACAUCUGACAGUGACAGUAGCAUUAACAAUGGUUCACACAAAACAAGUACAAAUAAUGCAGUAAAUGAGGGUCACCUACGGCAUUUACUAACUCAACGGAAGGCAGAAAUUACAUCAUUCCUUUCUUCUCGUUUACCUAUAAUAUCAACAAGUGUAAAAAAAGAGUCCUCGUUUGACCAAUUAGAUAGAGACUGUAUACAUAACGAUACUGGUCUUUGUAAUACCAGUCAUUCAACCAGUAAACACAAAGACAGUGUAAUGAGGGCGAUGUUGACAGCUCCGCCAAUUUAUGGUUCCUCAAUACAAGAUAUAAACAAUAAAUGCAAAUCUGGACUAGACUUUGAGUACCAACCUACAGCUCGCAGCGUUCAAGAAGAUGCUGGUUUUACAGCUGAGAACUAUGCACCUUCAGGUUUUGCAUCUGAUGAAGUCAUGGACUCGCCUGAGUCACUCCCGCUACUUCCUCCAAAGGCUUCUAAUCCUCAAAUGACAAGGGAAGAUUUCAAUGCUUUCUGUCGAGCUAUCCUGUUGAAUGGCGGUCCGGCCAAAAUCAAUUCUGAAAAUUCAACUUUAAGUGUGGAUGUCCCAAAUGAUGAUGUAUUAAGCAAAAUCAAGGGAGGACAAGAGAAGGGCAAGCGGAAGUUCCAGUGUGACAUUUGUCAUAAGUCAUAUGGCCACAAUAGUAGUCUUAAAGUCCACUACCGUGUACACACUGGGGAGAGACCGUUCAAGUGCCAUGUGUGUGAUCGAGACUUCAGCCACUCCAAUAGCCUCCAAAUUCACAUCAAAACACAUUCAGAUAAACCAGCCUUCAAAUGUGAUCAUUGUAAAAUGGAGUUCUCUCGCUCAAACCAUUUAUCUUAUCACAUGCCUACAAACACCAUGGACAAGCCAUUUGUUUGUGGUUUUUGUGGGAAAUCUUUUUCUAAAGCUUGUAAUCUCAAAGUCCACAUGCGAGCCCACACUAGUGACAAACCUUCCAUAUGUGAUUCUUGUAGGAAAGCCUACUGAAAACUCAUACUUGUAUACAUACUGACCAUACCAGUGCACUGUAUGCCCUUAAAUAAAUAUACUUAGGUGUACUUCAAUUGUAUUCUUCAAUAAACACCGGGAUUAAACCAUAAGGUGUGAAGAAAAGGUCCAGUGGGUCAAAUGACCUGAAAAAACACAGUCAUGUUCACGCUGGGAAAAAGCCAUAUAGUUGUAGUAGGUGUAGCAAAGCAUUCUGACAAUCUAGUGCUUUAUAGGAACAUACUCUGGCCAUCGUCCUCAUCACUGUAAGUUGUGUGGGAAAGGUUUCAUUGAUUCAGCGCAUGUCAUCAGGCACAUGCGCUCACACACAUGGGACAUACCAUUUAGUUGUGACAUCUGCCAUAAAACUUCUAGCUUCUCUGAGAAUUUGGUAAAACAUAUAUAUAUAUAUAUGCCAACAUAUAGCAAUGCUUUUUCUUGCUGGUUUUGGAGGGGGCCUUUUGUCUCAUUUUGGGAAAAUAAUUAAUGAAUUGGGAAAGAAUUUUUUUUAAGGAGUAAACUGCAAAUCUUGGGAAUUUGGCUUAAAUAUAAAAUCAUUCCAAAUAGGAAUGAGGCCCAUUUAUGGCCUACAAAAGCCCCCAGAAAACCCUCUGAAUAGUGGGGGUAAAUUUAAAUCAUAUAAAUGUGAACUUUGCCAAAAAGCAUUACAAGACCCAUCUUAUUUGAAACAACACAUGAUGAUACACACCGAUAUAAACAUAGCCGUCAAUACCCAUGUCAUUAUUGUACAAGGAGAUUCAGUGACUUAAAUGCACAUAAUCCUGGUAAAUACUAAAUAUACCGCUUGGCUAGAGAGAUCUUCUCUUUAGCUAAAUCGGUUGAACAUCAGUAAACCAGAGGUCCUUGGCUCGAUCCCUAACAGUGGCAGUGAUUUAAAUUAAGUUGAUCAUACCCUCUGUGACAUACCAAUACUGUCUCCUAGCCAUUUGAAUGUGAUAUUUGUGGAAAAUCUUUUCGACAAUCAGGCCAUCUUCAGAGAUAUCCUAUUUCACAUCGGAAGGUAAUAUUCUGACACCUGCUUUAGAGAAUAAAGAGGGAGGUGAAUGUAAUGACCUUUCUGAUCAGGGAGGUGAUUGUAAUAACCUUUCUGAGGGAGGUGAUCGUAAUAACCUUUAUGAGGGAGGUGAUCGUAAUAACCUUUCUGAGGGAGGUGAAUGUAAUAACCUUUAUGAGGGAGGUGAUCGUAAUAACCUUUCUGAGGGAGGUGAAUGUAAUAACCUUUUUUUGAGGGACGUGAAUGUAAUAGCCUUUAUGAGGGAGGUGAUUGUAAUAACCUUUCCGAGGGAGGUGAAUGUAAUAACCUUUCUGAGGGAGAUGAAUGUAAUAACCUUACCAGGGAGGUAAAUAAUAAUAAGAAAAUCAUGUGGAAGAGUGAACAAAAAUCAGUUCACAAGCUAACAUGGAAGGGAGACUACUAUACUGUAUGUAUAGGUACUGAUGGGAAUCGAAAUCCGUUUUACUUUUCAGAAUCAAUUAACAGAAACUCAAAAAUCGAUCAAUUAUCGAUGAUAAUCGAUUUUCUAAAUUUAGCACAGAAUUGCCAUUUUGUAGAAAAUUUAUGCGAGUCUCAAGUGCAUUUAUUGCACUUUUUAGUUGUUUUUUAUCAAUAUUAUUUUUAAUACUCAACACCAACAAACAAAGCAUUUAACGGUUACCAUAAUUAAAUCUCCUUAAUCAUCUCAAAACGACCAAUGAAUAUAUCACUAAUAGCAUAAGACCAACUACUUCUUGGUUCAGUAACACUCAAAAAAAAUGAAGCCAAAGAUUUACGAAUACAUGUACUUCAAGUUUCUGGUUAAUUGCCUUUUCAAAAUCAUCAAUGUCAGAUCGGUUUUUUUUAAAUUUUUUUUAAAUUUUAUUUUUUUACUAAUUUGGAUAAUUUUCAAAAAUCAGCCAUAUGUGUAGGUGAGAAAAUUUUAUUCUUUUGCAUGUUAAUUUAAUCAUUUCUUGCCUGUCUUUGAAAUGGACUUGAAUUAAAAGUACUGUAGCAAUAAAAAAAAAUCCAAAGACAAUUUAAGAAGCUAUUUUGUGAUACAUACGUAUAUAUAUACAAUGUUUAUUAAGAUUUGGUUAUAGAAAUCAUAAUUUAAGUCUAAUACUAACUGUGAGUAGUUGUUUAUUUUGUUGGAAUUGUAUCUCGAGCAGGAAUUCAUUUAACUGAAAUAUCAAAUGGAUAUUUUUAUGACAACUGAAAUAAAUAUUUAUAUAUGUGU